CUUUUGUGUUCCAGGGUUUUGUGAGGACUGCUGCGCGAGAACAGAGUCCGCCCGAGGAAGAAGGACGGUUCCUGAGGCUCGAGGUCGACGUCCGCCGCCGGCCAUCUGAGAGGAAAGACUGGUGAAAAAGAAGCUCAUAGUUUAAAGAGAAUCAAAGGGCAGCCGGUGAGGUACUCGCCAGACGAGGAAAAAAAAAGAGGCGGCCUGGGGUGAAUGUGGAUUUCUGGAAUUGCAGGUCGAGGAGAUCGGUUCGCCAUUUCAGAAGGACUCGGAGAAGAGAACGAAUCUUUGGUUGAAGAGUAUAAAGGGACUUCUGGGGCAGACGAGGAACCUUGCUACAUGCACGGUUCUGCCACCGCUGCUCUUGCUACCGUCUUCGCCGUCAAAUAGAACUGUUCCUCCGAUUCAAUUGUUGCAUACUUUGCUUAGGAAAGUUAAAAGUCUUCGUCUUGGAAGUUUUAUCGAAGUGGGUUAUAAGGGUUAAGGAGGCAGAGAGGGAUGGCUCGUCUACGAAAUCAGAAGAACAGGAAGGUGUUCUCCAAGCCGAGUUUGAAAAAGAAGGCAGCACCUACUGUCGAUCAUGUCACUGGCGACAAGAUUCCAAAGAGCUUUGUCUUUUCCAGAGGGAAGAUGCCUGGUUCUCUGAGGCAGCUGCAGAUGGAUUUGAGAAAGUUAAUGCUGCCAUUUACAGCUCUUAAUCUUAAGGAGAAGAAGAGGAACAAUCUUAGGGACUUUUUAAAUGUUGCUGGCCCAAUGGGUGUUACACAUUUUCUGAUGUUGUCUAAAACAGAUGCAGCGCCGUAUUUGAAAGUUGCUAGAACUCCACAAGGGCCAACGGUUACGUUUAAGAUAAACCAGUAUUCACUGGCAUCUGAUAUUACUCAGUCUCAAUUGCGCCCUAGAUGUCCAGCAGACCUGUACAAGAAUCCUCCUUUGAUUGUUCUUUCUGGCUUUGGGUCUGGAGAACAACAUUUAAAGCUGACGACUAUAAUGUUUCAGAAUAUGUUUCCAGCUAUUGACAUUAACACCGUCAAGCUCUCUUCUUGCCAAAGAAUUGUUCUACUAAACUAUAAUAAAGAUACAAAGCUCAUUGACUUUAGGCAUUUCUCUAUUCGACUCCAACCUGUGGGUGUGUCCCGCCGAAUCAGAAAGUUUGUGCAGAAUCAUCAAGUUCCUGAUCUUCGGAGUCUCCAGGACGUGAGUGACUUCAUAACAAAGGCUGGUUAUGGAUCAGAGAGUGAAGGAGAUGAGGAAGCAGCAACUGUUACCCUUCCUUGUGAUCUUGGUAGAGUCAACCGGGCGACUUCGAAAAGUGCUGUCAAGCUUCAAGAGAUUGGCCCAAGGAUGACCCUUCAGCUCCUCAAAGUGGAGGAGGGCUUAUGUUCUGGAACUAUCAUCUUCAGCGAAUAUGGAACUGCUAACGACAAGAAAACACCUGGAAAAGAGAAUCAGAAGAAUCAAGGUGGUGAAGAAAAUGAAGACGACGAUGGAGAUGACGAUGAUGAGCAAGAAGAUGAUGAUGAGGCCUCUGAGUAGAAUCAGCCGCUUGAGAGGCGUUGACCCACCACCACCGGAAGUGUUUUUGGUUUCUUUUAUAGCGGGAAGGAAAUGCAUUCUUUUCUCCUGUCAAAAGUUUUUGCUAUGCAGUGUUAGUGAGUGGAACAAAUAGAGAAAUUGAAUGGACUCGUUAUGUUAAUUAUUUCUAGUCUUAUUGACAAGUUUGUUAAAACGUAAAAUUAAAAAGGACUGAUUUGUUUGUCAUAAAAAAGUUAGAAGGACCAUUUAUGUAAAUGACCCAACUGUACCUUGCCCGCCAAGGAAGGAGUAGGACUCCUAACUCCUGAGUACUUCUACUACUUCCCGCCUCCCCCAACCCUAACGAAAACGCUGGCCUGUAACGCCA